UGUGAAGGAGUUAACGGGGAGGGCGGAACACUGCACCGGCCGCAGUAGAUGAUCGCAAUAUUGAUAGCGAGAGGAGCGGAGACGCCACGGAGAUCGUUUGGGAAAUUCUAUUUGGAUUUCAUUUGCAACGUGACGCGCACGUAUUGACCUCGCUCGCGUUUUUCUGGAUGAUACCGAGGGAACGCGACGCGAGUACCACACCACACGUCGCGCCGAUUCCGAAGCGGAUACAAAUGUAUCUGUGAAUUUAACAUUGUAUCAUCGCGUAGAGAUGCGCAGACGCGGGUCGCGUAGAGCAGGUGGAUCAGGAGGAAGAUUCAUCUCAUCAUUUGAAUGAAUAAUUACUGAUUUUAAACAGCUGGGAGGAACCCCAAAGGCGCAAUGGUCACAGUUCACGCAACAGCCCUGCUCGGGUUCGAACCCGCAUUCGCCGGGUCACCUGUGUGAGAACCCGCGCGCUACAGUCAUGCUGCCCGGGGUGGGUGUGUUCGGCACCAGUCUGACGGCUCGGGUCAUCAUCCCUCUGCUGAAGAGCGAGGGCUUCUCGGUGAAGGCGCUGUGGGGUCGCACGCAGGAGGAGGCGGAGGAGCUCGCGCGCGACAUGAACGUGCCCUUCUACACCAACCGGAUCGAUGACGUGCUGCUGCACUCGGAUGUGGAUCUGGUGUGCAUCAACCUCCCGCCGCCGCUCACCAAACAGAUCGCCGUUAAGACGCUGGGAAUUGGCAAAAACGUGAUCUGUGACCGGACGGCGACGCCGCUGGACGCCUUCCGCAUGAUGUCGGCGGCCCAGUACUACCCGAAGCUGCUGAGCAUCAUGGGUAACGUGCUGCGCUUCCUCCCUGCUUUCGUCCGGAUGAAGGAGCUGCUGGAGGAGGGUUACGUGGGCGAGCUCCUGGUCUGCGAGGCGCAGGUUCACGGCGGGAGUCUCCUCGGGAAGAAGUACAACUGGAGCUGUGAUGACCUGAUGGGGGGCGGCGGGCUGCAUUCGGUCGGGAGCUACAUCAUCGACCUGCUCACGUUUCUAACGGGCCGGCGUGCGGCGAAGGUGCACGGCUUCCUCAAGACGUUCGUCAAGCAGACGGAUCACAUCCAUGGGAUCCGACAGAUCACCAGCGACGACUUCUGCACCUUUCAGAUGGUGCUGGAAGGAGGCACCUGCUGCACGGUCACGCUCAAUUUUAACGUCCCGGGAGAGUUUCGGCAGGAGGUUGUGGUGGUCGGUACGUCUGGAAGGUUGACGGUUUGCGGGACGGAUUUGUACGGACAGAAGAACGACGGCAAAAGCGGUCAGGAGCUUCUUCUUAAGGACAACACACCUGUUGGAAACGCAUCUCUACCGGACAAAGCGUUCCGGGACAUCCCGUCUCCGUAUCUCACCGGCACCAUCUGCAUGGUUCAAGCCGUACGGCAGGCGUUUCAGGAUCAAGACGACCGGCGAACGUGGGACGGACGGCCGCUGACGAUGGCCGCCACUUUUGAGGACUGUCUGUACGCGCUUUGCGUCGUGGACACGAUCAAGAAGUCCAAUCAGUGCGGCGAGUGGCAGAACAUCGAGGUGAUGACGGAGGAACCGGAAAUCAGUCCUGCGUACCUGAUCAGCGAGGCCAUGCGGCGCAGCCGGAUGUCUCUGUACUGCUAGCGCGGCGCGUGAGUGAAUGUGCAUGGAUGCAUACUGAGCUCGAUGCAUUUGGAAAACUGGAGAAGUUCAUGCAACUAAAGGAAACAUGCAUCUGUGUGCCACAAGCAUGGAGUUAAAUGCUUUAAAACAUCAGCUCCUGGGAUUUUUUUGGUGUCAAGUAUGCAAUAAAUAUGCUUUCAGAUUGAAAACAACCACGGGGAAAUGCUUUUGUACUUGUGAUAUGUUUGUAGGACAUGCAGGAUAUUUUCAGCAUUGUGCAUCUGAAACGAUGAAGCAUCCGUCAGCACGUGUUUAAUGCAAACACACACUCCUGCGUCAAGCAUGAAAUCUCCACUCGCACUGUAAACUACUGGAUUCUACUGUGUGUUACGAGCUCGAUCUGGACAAACACGAUCCGAUGUUUCUGCUUUGUUAAUACUGAUAUAUUUAAAAUCCCGAUGUUUGUACGUGUUUGACUGGUAUCUUGAUUGUCAUAUCUGUGGCUUUACGGUCCCGUGUUUUCCACCUGUAAGAUUUUGAAUUGUAAAUCUGCCAAAUAUGAAAAGGCAAACGUCACGUCAUGUUAACCGUCGGUGGUUCUCAACUGGUUUUGCUUCAGGAUCUGACAUUAUGUGCUGACCCAAAAUCAUCUUCAAAUCAAACGCUGUAAUGAUAUUAUAUGCCACAGGUCAAAAAUUUGGAAUGUGCUUAUGUUUUAUGCUUAUAAGUAACUAUUAUUAAUAAUUGGGCCAUAAUAAUAAUAAUAUCAGAAUGAUUUCUGAAGAUCAUGUGACACUGAAGCUUGGAGUAAUGAUGCUGAAAAUUCAGCUUUGAACACAGGAAUAAAUUACAUUUUACUAUAUAUAUUCACAUAGAAAACAGCGAUUUUAAAUUAUAAUAAUAAUUCACAAUAUUACUUGUUUUAGUCUAUUUGUUAGUCUAUUUAUCAAAUAAAUGCAGUAUUGGUGAGCAGAAGAACAAAGAACAUAAAAAAAUCUCAAUAUUUCAUACUUUUGACUAGUAGUGCGUAUAAUAUUAAUAUAUAAUAAACUUUUUAGACCCAAAUAUAUGCAUAGUUAAUAACAUGAUAGACUGUAUAGGAAAACGAUUUUGUAAAUGCAUAAAUAGUAGCAGAAAUGUUAUUUAUCGUAUGUGUAUUUAAUGUCAUCAUCUGGAUUAUAUUUAUUUUUUUACCUGAUGUAGAUUUGCUCCUGAUUUUUGGUAUUUUUCUGUCUCAUCUGACUGUUUUCUAAGAAAAGACAGAUGAUUUUAUUGAAAUCAUGUGGACGAAUGACAGAAAGAUGCUUUUUCUCCUUACUAUACUUGAUUAUAGUUGCAUUUUAUUUAUAAUUUCCCCCUCGAAUUUCCAGUUGUGGAACAGUUGAGAACCGCUGCUUAAGACUGUUGAGGAACGUUGCACUUCUUUGAGGCCCAGCAAAUGCCUUUUUUAAGCCUGAAAAAGAUCAACCAAACUGUUGCAGACGUGCUAAAGGUGCUAGAGAGCUUUCAGUCUGAAGAUGUAUUGGUGUAUAUCUAGUUUAGGAGACAUCAUUCAUAUUUAAAUGCAGUUGUCAGUACUGAAACCUUGCUGUGUGUAUACGGCUUGAGUUCUCAAGAUGAUUAACAUACUGAAAAGAUUUUAAAAUCAGAUUUUUGAGUCCAUAUGUUUUGCUAAGCUCAAUUCUGCAGUAUUUUAUUUGCUGUAUGCAUGCACUGGAGACCGGUGUGUUGGCGGUCGUCCAUCACUGUGCAACUUCUCACUGCGUCACGACGAAAGACUGGAGAGUCCAACCAUGUGGCUGUGUUUUAUGCGUAUUUUAAUGCUGCUUGGAGAAACACCUGCUGUACAUUACUGGAAACAUGCUCUGUGUAGUUUAUAAAUGGUAUUUAUUUCUUAUUCAGAGUGUUUCAUAUCAAAUCAGGAAGUGUGUGUACUGUGAGACAGGAAAUAGAGGCCUUUGCUUGUGCAUUUCUACAGGAAGUGUGAUGUCAGCGAUUAAAAGUCCCAAACUAAACCUGUCCCGGUUUCCCUCGCAAAUGUGAUUCACUGCAUUUUUUUACUGAAACCAUUGCUUGGUUGAAAGUAAUAGAAAUGUGUCUUUAAGGAAAAAUCAUCUCUGUUGGACAAGAAAGCAUUUAAUAUCAUUCUCUCCCAGGCAACUUACACAGAAGCAGCGAGUAACGCUGCUUAAUUUAAUAUUUCAGAAAACAAGGGCCAUAGAUUGAGCAUUUUGAGUAAGCAAAACAGUGCAUAUUUACAUAAGUCAAAGCACAAACUAUAGCUUUAUACUGCUGCAAUCAUCGUGAUUCAGUGAAAUAAAGACUAGUCUAAUAUUUUGCAAGCGGUAGAUUUGUGUAGUGAUAAAACGAUCAAAAUUAAAACCACACAUGAAUCCAUGUUCACAUUAUGAGUGUUGCCAUAGACGUGAAUAAUUCAGAGUCUGAGGAGGUUAAGAGCUCUCAAGGGUCUCAUUUAGUAAUAUUGAUAAUUAUGACACAAACUGAACAGCAUAAGCUACAGUGUAUGGAAGCCCAAUUUAAAAAAACAAUAAAACCUUAUGACAAAAUGUCGUUUUAUUAGACAUAGAAAUUAUAUACUAAGUCAUAACUCUGAAAUAAAAGUCGAAGUCGAGAUAUUUGAGAGAUAAUAGGUCAUUACGAUCAUUAUAAAGUUGAAAUUAUUACAAAGCCAAUUAUGAGAUAAUGUCAAAAUUAUGACUUAGGAAAAAUUCAUAAACGCCCAUGGUAAUUUCAACUUGAGUGUCAGUUUUUAUUUUUUAUCUCAGAAUUUUAACGUUUGUCAUUUUGACUUUCUAUCUCAUACUUUAGACUUUGUCAUCACUCAAAACAUUGUCACAGUUCGACUUUCUCAAAAUUUCAGCUGUUUGUCAUAAUUAUGACUUUUUAUCUCAAUUUUGACUUUUUUGUGUUAUGACUCAUUUGAGUUAUUGUCACAAAUCAAUUCUCAUAUUUUCAGUUUUUUUGUCACAAUCAUGACUUUUUAUCUCAUACUUUCUCAUUUUUGUCAUAACUAUGCCUAUAUAGACUUAGUAUUUCAUAAUUUAAACCUUUUGUCAAAAUUGAGACUUUCUGUUUCAAACUUUAGACUGUCAAUUUAGAAUUUUUGUCAGAGAGUUUUUAACUCAAAUUUGAUUUUUAUGUCAUAAUAAUGACUCCCUUUCUUAUCAUUUUGACUUAGUAUGUCAUAAUUUAGUUUUUUUUUCCCAUAACGUUGACUCUUUAUAUCAUAUUUUUACCUUUUUCCGGUAAAUUUCAACUUUUUGCCAUAUCAUGUCAUGAUAAUGACUUUUAUGAAUUUUUAAACAGCUGAUAAUUGUUUUUUAAAGUAUGAUUAUUUUUCUCAUGUGACGGAAAUGGCCUUCCACAGAUUGUCACUUGGACCUCCAGAGAUGAUUUUUCUAUGAUGUGAGACAUUAAGGCUGCAAUAUAAAUAGGGCUUGAUUUUUAUUCUUUACAUAAAACAGCAAUGUUGUUGCUACAUCCCUGACAGCGAUAUAACACAAUUUCUGUGAUUGUCCGAGACUCAGACUUCAGUGAGUCUCAGGGAUGUUGAGAAUGAAAGGCUCUUGUGAUGUCAGUCAUGAGAGGGACGUUUGGUCGUCUUCAGAGGUGUUUAUCACUGGUUUAACAUGGACACACUGGAGUCAAAUGCCGACUACUGUAAGCUUGAACUUGCCUGUUUCUGAACAAAGCUCAACGAUGAAACGAUGGAAACUUGAACCUGUGAAAAAAAGCUGUUACAACUGGAUAUGUUUCAGUGUGAGAUUGCGCUUGUUCUCUGUGUUUGUGAAUAUGUACUGUAUACUCUUCCUGCUGGGCAGCAUGUGCAAACACCUGUGUGUGUGUGUGUGUGUGUGUGUGUGUGAUGAGGACUGAUUAAAGAAGGGAUUCAGCAGAAAACCCUGUUUGGCUCUGUUACUGUUAUUAAAAUUAAUGUCCUCAUUUAGAGCACACUGACCAUCACUUUUAAAGUGCGUUUUAUACCAUUUCAAAAUCUUGUUUGGUUUCUGCUUUUUGUGCUGUGCCUGCUAUAAGAAGUCAGCACUGGUGGUUUUAAAGGGUGGAAGAACACCGUGUGGAUUCAAGUCCUUGAACUGCAAAAUAUAGGGAGACAUUAACACACAAAUGUUAAUCGUAAUAUAUGUUAAAUGUUACCAGAAACCAGUGUGCACCUGCUUAGUAAAAUAAAUAAUUCUCCAGUUCAAUGGACCAUGCAUAUGUUUUGUAAUAUUUUAGUGAAUUUUGAGUAAAUAUUGAGUAACAAAAUGUAUUAAUCACAGUUGCUAUGACUCUACAGUGUCUUGCAUACAGUAUACUGUUACGUAUAGUAUAGAAUUCCCAUUAAGUUAUGAAAACAUUAUAGAAUGCUCUGUGUUCAAAAUUUAUUUUUUUAUAUUUAAAACAUGUUUUUCUUAUUUAUGCAAAUGUUAAGAGAACAUUAAAUGUUAGAAUUUUGAACACGUUAGGAGAAUGCUACUUUUACAAACUCUCUGAACAUUCUAAAUUAAGUAGUAACAUUUAAUGAUGUCUAAAUGUUUUUGUGCAAACAUUUGGAGAACGUUAGUAAAGACCAGAUAACUUUGACUUAAAGUGCUAUUAAUGUUAUGGUAACACUUUAUUUUAGGGUUUCUUAACUAGAUGCUUAAUAGCAUGCAUAUUACUAGAAUAUUAGCCAUUUGUUAGUAGUAAUUAAGCACAUAUUAAUGCCUUAUUCUACAUCCAUAAUCCUACCCAAUACCUUAACUUAACAACUGCCUUACUGACUAUUAAUAAACAGCAAAUUAAAAUUCGAAAAUUCGAAGUUAAUAGUGAAUAAGUGUUCCCUAUUCUAAAGUGUUACCAGUGUUACUUUAAGAGAACCUUGCCAGAAUGUAAGACCAGUUAACAGGGAACCUUCUCAGGACUCUCAAGAAUGUUGUUUUAUCUUUUUUUUUUUUUUUUUAAGUUAUAUAAAUAAUAAAUUAGGACAAAACAUUCUUAAAUUUAAUAAAUUUGGAACGUUCUCAUAAUGUUCAGGGAAAACAUUCUUAGAAUGUUCUCGGAAUGUUCUUAUUAAGUUAUUUGUACUUGAAAGUUCUAAGAUUUUUUUUUUUUUAAGAAAUCUUUAAAUAAUCUUUAAAUAAUUUUAAAUAAAAAAAUCUUCAAAUAAUUUAUUCAAAAUUAUUUAUGUAAAAUGUAAAAAAAAAAAAAAAAAAAAAAAAGUUUUUGUACCAUAACCUUCUUAGAACACAACAUGUUUUUUAAACAUUUAAAAAACAAUGUUCCCACAACAUUCUUACAAUCAACAUUUGUCACUGGGUUAUCUGCCCAUUUCAGUGGAGCACCAAAGGAACGUCACACAAAUCACACGUUUAGUUUGCAAAUGCUGCCCAUAUGCAGUGCUGUGUUGCCCAAAUGUUAAAGGAAUCCUGUCCAUUUUGAUGAUUUAUGGAUGGUUUUGCAUAUAUUUAUUGCACUAUAUGUAUAUCGUGGACGCAUGGACUCUUAAAUAUGUUUUGAAGUGACGGACGCCUAUUUAUCAGUCAUAGACAAAGUAUAGGCUAUUAGCAGCCUAAUAUGUUCUUUUCUAUAUCUGAACGGCCCUUAACUCAGUUGAGUGUUUAUUACGAACAGUUGACCUGUGAAGGCUUGUGUUUGAGUGUUCAUGCUCGCACUACUCUCUUUGUACAUGCAGGAUAAGAGAAAUGUGUGUUUUUGUUCACAUGAUCUGACAUGACGCCGUUCAGAAAGUCUGGAAGGAGGUCUGAUUCUUUGAAUAAACCAGGGCUGACAAAUUCA